AUAAAGUGCUGCAAGACCCUUUGACUACAGAUGAUUACUUCUCUCACAAGCUGAUGUGUUUUUUUAUUAGUUUUUCUCCUUACACUUAACAAGAGGGACUUCUGCUCUAUCAUCUUCUCACUCUUCAACUCAUCUGAGAGCACUUUUCUCUCUUACCUCCUGCUUUCUCUUGUUUAACUUUUAUAUUCGUCUUUUACCCUGAAGCUGCAGUUAGCUUACUUUAACUGAACUUUUCAAGGAGUUUUAAUAUAUAUUAGUGCUGUAGCUAAAGAACUACCAGUGUUUCCGGUUUAGGAAGAUGAGUGCUUCAAAGUUCAUUAAAUGUGUUACAGUUGGAGAUGGAGCUGUUGGUAAAACCUGUAUGCUCAUUUGUUACACCAGCAACAAGUUCCCAACUGAUUACAUACCAACAGUGUUUGACAAUUUCAGUGCCAAUGUGGCUGUGGAUGGGAGCGUUGUUAAUUUGGGUUUAUGGGAUACUGCAGGUCAGGAGGAUUAUAGCAGGUUAAGGCCACUGAGUUACCGAGGUGCAGACAUAUUUGUCUUAGCAUUCUCACUAAUUAGCAGAGCAAGCUAUGAAAAUGUUCUCAAGAAGUGGAUGCCAGAAUUACGUCGAUUUGCACCAAAUGUUCCGAUUGUUCUGGUUGGAACAAAGCUAGAUCUGCGGGAGGAUAGAGCAUAUCUUGCUGAUCAAAUGGGAUCUAACAUCAUAACAUCUGCUCAGGGAGAGGAACUGAGGAAACAAAUUGGUGCAGCUGCUUAUAUUGAAUGCAGCUCCAAGACUCAGCAGAAUGUCAAAGCAGUUUUUGAUACUGCAAUCAAGGUUGUUCUUCAACCCCCAAGGAGGAAGGAGGUGGCAAGGAAGAAAAGGCACCGAAGGUCUGGCUGCUCAAUUGCGAGUUUGGUCUGUGGAGGAUGUGAUGCUUAAUUAGGAGAUGGUGUGGCUGUGGAUUCAAAGUCAUCAGCCACUGACAAUUGCUGCUUCCUGACAAGCAAACUUCAUCGAUGCUUUCAUGUUUUUGGGCACUCAAUGACUUGGACCAAGAAACUGACGGGGAGAAAGACAGAGGGAAUUGUUCAUUCUCUCGUGUAUUAUUACUAUUACUUUGUAAAACUGUCUUUUGUGGUUUCUGCUGAAAAUAUAACUUGCUAUGAAUUAAAUAUGUUGUUUAACUCCUUAUCCACCGGUCAUUUGUUUUUUACCCUUCA